AUGGAAUCGCUUUCAGUCUAGUCAAAAGAAGAGCCAUAAAUUAAGAAAAGAACUAGUGCCAAUCUUUCAUCACUUUUAGACUCCACAAAUGUAUUGAACGUAGCUGAUAUGUCAAAUUGCAAUACUGUAUCUGGAAGGACUCUAUAGAAGAGAGGAUCAUUCCAGUUUGCGAAAAAGAGCAGUUUUUCGAAGAAGGGUUCUUCAUCUAGAAGUGCUGACCUAGGAGAUGACUAAAUAUAGGGCAGCGACACUAAGGAAAGACAUGAGGAUGGUAAAUCUUACCUCUUCAGAAUGAACUCUGAUUUUGAUAGGAAAAAAUAUUAUGAGGAGACAGUCCUAAAGAUUAUGAAUGAGAUGUCAGUUAGUAAGAUUAUAGAGCCUCAGGGGUGUAGUUAGUUCGGAGAAAGAUUUCCAAAUAAAAGUCCACACAAGAGGACUAUUUUUCUUGAUCUUGAUGAUACUCUCAUAUAUGUAUCCAUACUAAAGAUCGAUAAUGAAUUAUUAAAAGGCCAUCAAAUAGAGUUAGAGUCUAGUGGUGGAUAAAUAAUGAAGAUGUAUGUUUAUUUUAGACCUGGACUAUAUGAUUUCUUAGAUUCUAUCUAUGAAAACUUUGAAAUCGUUUUAUUCAAUAAUGGCUCACUUGCAUAUACAGAGAGUAUAGUUAAACUUAUUCUAGAAAAUUCUCCAGCAGGUAAGAAAGACUACUUUAGCCAUGUAUUAUCUAAAGAGCAGUGCAGCGCUAAUGACUCAGGGCAUGAAAUUAAAAAUUUAGAACAUUUUUGUAAUUUCGAUUCAAAUAGGGAAAUCAAUGACUGUUUAAUUAUUGACAAUAACAUCUAUUCCUUCCAAAAGCAUUUGACAAAUGGCUUGUUGAUAGAUAAGUUUGAGGGUAAUUCCAAUGACGAUUGGCUUGAAAUACUUAAACUAUAUAUCAGUGAUAAAUUCUGCGGUGAAGCAUCAAUUAUAGACAUAAGAAAGACUAUAAGUUCUGAUUUCAACUUUGAUAGGAUUGUCAACAACACAAGAACAUCAAUGAUAAGGUAGAUGAUGAAUAAAAAUCUUAUAGUAGAGGCACUCCUUCAGGAGGAAAACAUGCAACAUGAUUGA